AUGUGCAAAUCAUGCUCGUCGUUAGACUACAUGGCUACAGCAGCCGUCAUGCAGUUGACGGCCAUUUUUGGUGCGGUCGUUGGUCUUGCGGCCCGGUUCUGGUGGACCCGACACACAGCCGAGACCAGACAACAGUACUCGGCCGUGGUCUGGGAGAACCGCCUGUACAUCGGGCUGGCGGUGGCCUGCUGUCUGGGCAUGUUUGGGGCGUACCUGUGGUACCACACGGAACUGGAGCCGUGGACGGGCAGUCGGCGGUUGUUCCUGUUCAAUGGCCAGAUGCUGAUGAGACAGGCUGAGUGUGAGGCGCAGGAAUUGCUGGAGUCGACGCGCUCGAGCCAGCUGGACACCGCGCACCCCGUUUACGUGCGCGUAGCCGACGUGACAUCCCGGCUGUUGGCCGCCAACUCUGGGGUGGACGCGAUCCGGGACCGCCAGUGGAACGUGGUGGUGGUGGACAGCCCGACCGUCAACGCCAUCGUCGAGCCCAACGGGUUGGUGCUGGUGUACGUCGGGCUGACGUCCAUGGCCAACGACGAUCAGCUGGCGAUACUCGUCGGCCAUGAGUUUGCGCACUGCUUGCUCCGGCACGCCAACCAGCUCAGCAGCAUCAGAUUCGUGGUCGCCGCACUGCUCCUGGUUCCCGUGAUCCCGGUAAUCUGGGCCCUGCUGCCGUUGGGUUGGAACAUGUUGGCACACCUCUGUUGGUUAAUCGUCUUAACGUUGUGCAUAGUACUGCCGUGCGUCCGAUCGUGCGAGGUCGAGGCCGACCGUAUCGGAAUGGAGCUGGCCGCCAAAGCGUGCGUGGACGUCAAGCAGGGCUACCGGUUCUGGGACGCCAUGGCUGUGAUAGACAGUCGGCCUAAGCUAUUAUGGGUGCUGUCCAUGCACCCGACCAACGAAAGUCGGUCCCGGCACUUGUUUAACUUGAUACCCGCGGCCACAGAAAUCCAGAGACAGGCUGGCUGUUAG